AUGGCUUCAAAUACCCAAUACAUUCACGACGAUGUCCGCGAUUAUAACGAAGAUGUCCGUGAUUACUUGCAUGAGUAUGAUCACACAAUGUCCUUGGAAGACAGGGCAACUCUUUUCGCCAAUAAUUUUAAGAAUUUCUCAACUCCCUCCAAUCCAGGCGAUAAGACAAAUCCUGAUGACGGCGACGACUAUGAUGAUGUGCUUCUCAAUGAAAAUACUAUGUCCGCAGAAGACAAGGACAUUAUUGUUGAAAAAAUGCGUAGGGACUUGCAAUGGAAGACGCUUUUAUCCAAAGAAGACGGGACCUCCCUCCAAAAGAAUUCCGUCCCCAAAAUUCAUGCAGACUCGCUUUGGAAGACAGCUACGGAUUUAUUCUAUAACGAACUUGGAGCAUCUGGGGGAAAAAAUGAAGAUGGCACGGCGACAAUCGAAGAAGCCAUAAGUGAACUCAAGAUUGCACAAACUAAGCUUUCUAAGGAGUAUGGUGAUCAUGAGCUUUUUCACGGUGUUAAGAUUAAGCUUGGUAGUGUCCUGAAGAGAUUGGAAUUGAUUUCGCAAGUUGGCGACGCAGCUACAAAGUUCGCUCCAGAAACUGUAUCCCUUGCCUGGGCUGGGUUUCGAUUUAUCUUCAUGGGAUUCGUCGAAGAUCAGAAAGCGUGUGAAUUCCUUGUGGAAGCAGUAGACAGCAUGUCUAAUAUAAUUCUUAUAUGUCAAAUCUAUGCACAACGCUAUCAGCUAGAUGUUCCAAAUCCAACAUCGACCAGAAAUGAAAAUGGUCUUAAAAGGGGCAUCAAAACUGCAAUCAUUGAGCUUUAUAGGAUUGUCCUAACGCUCUCUCAUCAAGCGAAGAGUUUUUCCGCCCGUAAAGCAGGCAAGGGAGGACAGAAGAAGCUACUGGAAUUGUUGAACUUAGCGAGCAUCGCUUUCGAGGAAGCGGCUAUUCAGGUGCUUAGAGAUCUAGUUAUCGGUGAUAACGAACAUCUGCAGGUUCUCAAGGACAUCUCUGACACAAUUCAGAGCAUAGCUCCGACACUAAACAACAUCAAUCUUAGGCAAAAUCGGCAUGAUCUUGAAAAGAGGUACAAAGAACAAUUAGCAUGGCUUAGAUCGGGAACAAUAGCUGCUGCAGAAACCCACGGUAGACUUCAUGAAGUUACUAAAAAGGCAAGCUGCAAAAAUGCUUGCAAAUGGAUUUUCAAUGAAACAACUUUCAAAAAAUGGUCGCAAUGUGAAGGGGAAGACAGACUGUUAUGGAUGAAAGGCCGAAGUGGGAUUGGGAAGAGCUUUCUCGUUUCGACGAUAAUUGAAUACUUGGAAGAACAUACUCCAAAAAGCGGGACUCAGCCACUGGUACUUUAUUUUUUCUGCAAGACUGGAGACGACACGACACAAAGAGGAAACAAAAUCAUGUUGCAUCUGCUGGCCCAAAUCCUAGUUAGGGUGUUUAGCAAUUUCAAAGAGGAAAAUCCGCAUUCUGGCUUAGAUGGCAAUGGGCUGAGAUCUAGUAGCUUUGCGGAGCAAGAAUUAAUUUCAUGCAUCAAUGUAAUCAAGACAGCAAGGCGAAAGAUGCUGAGUAGCGCCACCAAAGAAGAUUCCUCGCCUGUGGAAAUCAAUUCCUUGCUUCAACCGAUGUUUAAGAGCCUGGUGGCGACUCUUCAAAUGAAGUUUGUGGUGGUGCUGGAUGCAUUGGAUGAGUGUCUUGACUACGAUAAAGGUCUGCUAUCUGCAUUGGUAGAUCUAGCUCAAAGCUCAACGAUGAGAGUUUUCAUAGCGAGCCGCCCCAUCGAUAACAUUUCAAAAGCUCUGAGCAAUAAUGUGUUGUCAAUUGAUCUCGAUCUGAAACAUUCCAUUGCAGAAAAUAUCCAAGUGUAUGUUAAAGAUUUCCUGCGCCGGGAAAAUCUUUUUGCUGGUAGCAACAACGACCUGUUGAAAGCGGCUAGAAGAAUUACGAAGAAAGCAGAUGGUAGCUUCAGAUAUGCAAACUUGAUUCUCGAGGAAUUGAAAUCGACGCCCAAUAUCACAAAGCAGCACAAGUUGAUAAAAUCCGAACUCCCGGACGGCUUAAAGAACUAUUACCGACAAGCCUUCAAAGGUCUAGAUUCAGAAACUCGUGAAAUUCUUUUGAUCGCUCUUCGCUGGCUCGUGUGUGCGCAAACUAAAGUUUAUAUCCAUUUAGUUGCAGAGGAGUUCGACCGUAAGUGGGAAGUACACGAAGAUAACGAUGGGCUAGAUGAUCUUUCGCUUGGUAGCGAUGCGAAAAGUCUUCUAUCUGAAAAUAGUGACCUUGAGACCACUACGAUGCUACAAAUUCGAGCAGAAAGCAUUCCUGUGUCAAGACUCAAGGCUCCCACAAUUGCUGAGCGCCAAGUAAUCCAACUUGUAGAGAACGCUGGAAGAAAGUUUCUUCAAUUUGGAAGUGCCAACAGCAUUGAGCUCGAUCAUAAUUCGGUGCGCGACUAUAUUCACGAAGACGAAAAUGAUCGUGAUACGACUACUCUCUGUAUUAGAUGCAGAAAAGAGAAAAACGAUAUGUUAGUAUUUGAAGCUGGAGGUAAAUAUGGCAAGCUACUCAUGAUCGAAAAGAUAAUGAAAACAUUAAACUCUGAAUUGUUCCAGAGAGAAUUUAUGUGGGCUAUCGGCGUGGAAGAUGACACAGGGGGGGCAGGAUCUGAGUCUGAAUCGAAAGCUCCUGAGACUGACACAGUAUUCCGAAAGACGCUGUUAACUUCCAGAUCCAGACAAGCAUCUAACGCGCAAGACAUCGAAGAAGUGGAAGAGCAGUGCAUGGAAAAUCCGGAAACUAAUACAAGAGUAAUCAUGAAUGAUUUAGAACACUUCCAUUAUUACAAAGCCAACCUUAUACCGGAUGAAUUAGAGGAAAGAUAUGAGCUGGAUCAUUGGACAGGACAUCUUAGAGAUGCAGAAGAAGCCUGGCCAGAAAAUGAACGGCUCGAGGAGGGAGCUAGAUGGACUGAGCUGUAUGACGCCGUUGAAAAAUUCUUGGACCCCAGUAGUUGGGCAUUUAAAAACUGGGUUAAAAGAACCUCUCCUUGGCGCUCAAUGGAUUCUAUCGAUCCUUUGCAUGUCGCCGCAUACUGUGGCUUGGUUGGAUUAAUCAAGCGACAUACUAAAGAGAAGUACUCAGAUGCAUGGACUGGGAACAAUUUGAGCGCGUUACACCUAGCAUGCCACGGCGUUGGGCAAUUUCGUGGCAUAGAGAUUCUGCUGCCAGAUGAAAAGAAUAUUAAUCGACGGGUUGGAAUGUAUCAGCAAACCCCGCUUCAGCUCGCUAUAAAGUCUAAGGCAAACGUAAAGCUUGUGGCUAAGCUCAUAGAUGCAGGUGCAAAUUAUCAGAUAUCCGACUCUUUUGGGAGGACUUGCCUUCAUUUUGCUGCAGAAAGUGGUGAUACUGAUAUCACCAAACUUUUACUGGAGAAGAAUGCGGAUGUCAAUGCGAAGGAUAAAGAAGGUGAAACACCUCUACAUUGGGCAUGCAAGCAACAAAAAACGCCACGGGAGCUGGUUCAACUUUUGUUGGACUAUGAAUCGAAUGUAAAUGCAGAGGACAAUGAUCGUCAAACACCAAUAUACGAAGCCUGUCUUUCAGGAAAUGUUAUGGUCUCAAGAAUACUGCUUCAGAAUUCUGCAAAUGCUAAUUGCAUCGAUAAGUUUGGGAAUACUGUUCUUUACGCAGCCUUAGGGUGGUGUCAGACGGCCGAAAAAAGUAACGUGAACCUCGCUGAACUUCUUGUUCGUUAUGGCGCCGACUUUUCAAUCAAGGAUAACAGGCUACACGAUCCAGUCGCACGAGCUGUCGCUCUAAACGAUUUAAGAAUUCUUGAUUUUCUAUUAAAGUAUUGGAAGGAAAAAGAUCCAGAAGGAUGCUUUCUCUUGAAUCGCGAUUUCGAUAGUAUGACACCACUUCAUCGUGCUGCUGCACAAGGUCGAGAUGAAGUUGUCAAAAUGUUAUUGGAGGCUGGGAAUAGGAAAAUCUUGACACUUUGCAGACUACCCGGUAUUUAUGAUUCCACAGCUCUUCACCUUGCCGUGAAAAAUGGACAUAAAGAAAUUGUUAAAAUCUUGUUUGAUGCUAGUGAUGCUUCAAUUUCUCUUGAGAUUGACAAAUGUGGAGCUACGCCGAUGCAUUGGGCUGCCAGCAGAGGAAACGUAGAAAUUGUUAGGAUCCUUCUUGAUAAAGGUGAUAUUUCAGCACUCUACAUACACGACAAAGCUGGUGCCACGCCCUUGCACUGCGCUGUCACUAUGGGCCAUGUUGAGACUCUCCGAGUCCUUCUGGAUGAUAGUGAUUCUUCAGCCAUCGACGAGGUCGACCAUGAGGGUGCUACACCUUUACAUAUCGCAGCGCGUGGAGGGAAUACAGAUGCAGCGAACCUGUUGUGCAGCCGAGGAGCAGACCCUACUUUGGAGGAUGAGCAUCAUAGAACGCCUUUAGAAUGGAUGUUCAUAGUAUGGAAAGGUAUUCACCCAGACGAUAUCACUCGCAGAGAUAAUAUUGAGAGUACAAUAAAGCUUCUCGUGUCAAAAGUUCUCACUUCAGCACCUCCUGCAAUUGAUUUGAAGAAACAUAAGCUAGAUCUCGUUCACUUUGCGAUAGAGAAAGGCAACGUCAAUAUUUGCUAUGCCAUUCACAAAGAUCUAGUGAACGAAAAAGAUUCUCAUGGCUGGACCUCGGUAUUACUCGCAGCCCAGCUUCAACGACAAGAAAUAGUUGAUUUUUUAUCACAGUAUGAUACGCAAAACAUACUCGGAACACUCAGUCAGAGAACAGACUCGCAAUCAUUUGGUCAUCCUCCGACCAAGUGGAGCUUAACUUGCAAAACUUCGAGGAUUACGAUUAGUGAAGAUGGUCUAGAAGCAUCUCUGGAGAGCAGUGAUGAUUUAGGUUUCCACGGUCCUGUACGAGCGAACCAUCCAAUCCCAGCUGGCAGAGAAAAGUACUAUUUUGAAGUUACUGUGCUUGAGAUCUUCGGGGAGAAUCAGAGUUUUAGACUUGGGGUUGCCCCUAGGAGGACCCAUUGGUUUGAUGAGGCUUCGGCCUGGGACUAUGAAGUGACAUCGCCCUUGUACGCUUUAGAUACUGCGUUAUCUGAUGAGAUACAGCAAUAUAAAACUGGGGAUGUAAUAGGAUGUGGCAUUGACUUUAGGGAAGAGAAGAUCUUCUACACCAAGAACGGAGAGCUGCUAACAAGCAAAACCAAAUCCAUACAGGUUGCUAGACGCUUAUUUCCAUGCAUUCAAAUGGGGGGUAAAAAAAUAAAUACACGCGUCAACUUCGAACAGGAGUUAUUCGAGUAUCAAAAAUGGCCGUUUAAUUUCCCGAAAGACAAUAGCGAGAGCGAAGGGGAGGAUUCGAUAUCUGGACGUCUAACUAAAGAUAGCUUAGAAGCGCAAACAGUGACCAGACUUCUGGUCGAGAAGAAUGUUAUUGAGGUACAAGCUGAUCAUAAGAAAGAGGGGCAGAUAUUGGAUAAAAUCCAACAAUCGGACAGACAGGACAAGAUUCCUAUUGAGCUUCAGGCAGCAGAUAGGCAGGAACAAGUACUCAUUGAGCCAGCACCCAUUCAUCAAGAGGAUUGCGAUGCCAUUGGUAAGUUACAACUUAAUCACCAAGGGACUCAGAAAGAGAUAAAAACCGGCAUAGGCGGGAUCAAUCCCGCUGUAGACACCGUCGAAAUUUUUGAAUCACUGGCAACACUUCAGGCCCCCCAGAAGCGGAAGAAGUUUUCUCGUGUGCUUCGAAAGUUGGGAUUUUGUUCUUAA